GAAAAGAAAAAAGAUUCAAGAGAGACGCAAAGAGGAGAUAGAUAAAGACAAAGCUCAGAUCCUCCAUUAACAACCGCCAUAUCCAAUUCUUCUUUGUUUACAGUAUUUUCUUUAUUUCUUCCUUAAUCAAAUUUCUUGGAAUAUUCCACCACUUUCUCUCUAAACCCCAAAACUCAUUUCCAUUUUUGUUCCCUUUUUCCCCCUCAUUUUCUUUUGGUUCUUUCGGACAUUGGAGCUUGAAUUGAUUGAAAGCUAAGUCAAUCAAUCCUUUUCUUCUUUUUCUUCUUUUUCUUCACCAUGAAACCUUAAGUGUAAACGUGACGGCAACAACGAAAGUGUUUCCUUCAAGGCCAAUCAAAAAUUUAUUUCCAUUUUUUGGUUCCGGAAUUUACACUCUCUGCCAUACACAAUCAUGGCCUUCUGCAAUUGAUCGUUCGUCUUCGGGAAUUUGGUGAUCCGCGUGGGUGAAAUUACCUGCAAUGUGUUUUCGUAAUGCGGCUUCUAAUUGGGGAUUUGAUUCUUAACAACUUCGUUUUCUGUUUAUUUGGAUCUCAACCCCAAUUUCUCAAUGGCCUUAUUUCGCAAAUUCUUUUAUCGGAAGCCACCCGACGGGCUUUUAGAGAUAUCCGAAAGGGUUUAUGUUUUCGACUGCUGCUUUACAACGGAGGUGUUGGAAGAAGACGAAUACAAGGUCUAUAUUGGAGGGAUUGUGGGGCAACUUCGUGAGAGUUUGACAGACGCCUCAUUCAUGGUGUUCAAUUUCCGAGAAGGGGAGCAUCAUAGCCUCAUUACUAAUAUAUUAUCUGUAUAUGAUAUGACUGUCAUGGACUAUCCUAGACAAUAUGAAGGCUGCCCUUUACUCACCAUGGAGAUGAUCCACCAUUUCUUGAGAUCCAGUGAAAGCUGGCUCUCACUUGGGCAACAGAAUGUACUUUUAAUGCACUGUGAAAGAGGGGGGUGGCCAGUCUUGGCUUUCAUGUUGGCCGCUCUUCUGAUUUACAGGAAGCAGUAUGCAGGGGAGCAGAAAACUUUGGAUAUGAUUUACAAGCAAGCACCUAGAGAACUUUUGCAGUUGAUGUCACCACUUAAUCCAUUGCCUUCACAGUUGAGGUAUCUUCAAUAUGUAUCAAGAAGAAAUGUGGGCUCUGAAUGGCCUCCUCUUGACAGAGCCCUUACACUAGACUGCAUAAUUAUUAGAUGUAUUCCUAAUAUGGAUGGGGAGGGUGGUUGCCGCCCAAUAUUUAGGAUAUAUGGACAGGAUCCGUUUAUGGCUGCUGAUCGAACUUCCAAAGUAUUGUUCUCAACCCCCAAAAAGAGUAAACUUGUUCGUCAGUAUAAGCAGGUAGAUUGUGAACUAGUUAAAAUUGAUAUCCAUUGCCAUAUCCAAGGUGAUGUUGUUCUUGAAUGUAUAAGUUUGGACAAUGAUCUGGAAAGGGAGGAAAUGAUGUUCCGAGUUAUGUUUAACACAGCAUUUAUCAGGUCAAAUAUUUUGAUGCUUAACCGUGAUGACAUUGAUAUUUUAUGGCAUGCAAAGGAUCAAUUUCCAAAGGAUUUCAGAGCAGAGGUUCUUUUCUCAGAGAUGGAUUCUUCCGCUUCACUUAUUUCAAUUGAAUUGCCAAAUAUUGAAGAGAAAGAUGGCCUUCCAAUCGAAGCCUUUGCUCGAGUUCAAGAGAUCUUUAGCAAUGUGGACUGGCUAAGCCCAAAGGCAGAUGCAGCUCUUAACGUGCUUCAGAAAAUAACAGCUUCAAAUUUACUUCAAGAGAAGCUGCUUAGUUCUGGCUCUUUAGACAGAAGGCAAUUACUUGACUUAUCUCUUGAAAAACUAAUCUUGGAAUCAGAGACAUCUGAAGAAAAUAUUAGAAGUCCCCGAUUGAAGAUACAGACAAAGUCUAAGCUUUCUUCCGAAUUAUCUAAAGCUGCAAGUUCAGUGAUAUCAAAACUUGAACCCUCAGAAUUGCAGGUUGCUCUCCAACUACCACCUCAGUCUAAAAUAAUCACUCAACGAAUACCUCAACCGUCAUUGUCUACGCCAGUCUCCUUCCGUAGUUCUAUGCAAGGUUCACCUCGCCCUAUACUAAGAUAUCACAGUGCACCCUCAGCUCUUGGCAUUACAGCUUUACUACAUGAUCAUUCCGAUUUUAUUGGUAAAGAACUUAUACAUUCAGGGACAACAUCUUCACCAUCAUCUGCUCGGUUGAGUCCAACUGCUCUAGAUUCACCUAGAGAUAUUCAACGUAGUAACCUUCCUAUUUCUCCUCUCCCUCUAGUAUUAGACGCAAGAUCUUCAUUAGAAAAUUCUUUGACCACCGCAUCAACUACAACCAUUCCUGAUCCACUGCCCCUUCACCAACUUUCUUUGAAACCUAUUAAAUAUUUAGUUUCUCAACCGACUCAAACCACAUCACAAGUGAGAAGUCAAUUAUCACCAUCUUCAUUACAACCAACUUCUGCCUCUUAUAUUGGGGAAUCCCCACCCUCUCUCAAUGAUAGCGAAGCUUCAAUAUCAUCUUCCUCUCCUUUGUCAAGAUCAUCUCCAUCUUCUUGUACUAAAGAAUUAAUUUCCGUUUCCACUCCUCCUCCUCCUCCUCCCCUCCCCCAUUUUGAUUCACCUUCAGCUUUAGCAACAUCUCCACCUUCUAGUAGGACGAAUGGUUCGAUUUUCCCAUCCUCACCACAACCGCCUUCUACGACAAAACUGUUAUCUUCUAUCAAGAAAACAACUCAACCUGCUCCUCAAUUUUCUUCGUCUGAUGAUCAUCUAGUUUCUUCAGAGUCACCUAUAAAGAACUCGAAGAGUGUCUCUCCCCUCCCCCUCCCCCUCCUCCUCUCCUCCUCCUCCUCCUACUCCUACUCCUCCUCCUCCUCCUCCUCCUCCUCCUCCUCAUGUUUUAGCCCUAACUUAGGCACUAGUGUUGUCUCGCCGACAUCAGUGCCUCCGCCCCAACCUCCACCUCCACCUCCUUCAUGGAAGGACUCUACGAACACAUUCAUGCAUGUCCCCCCAGCUCCACCUCCAGCCCCACCCUUGCCUCCAUCUUCUUUCAGUUCUACAUUUACUUGUGGUUCUAGUAUCACGCCUUUAGGGCCACCACCACCGCCACCACCUCCUUCAAGUCAUGCACCACAAGAUUUUGCCACAGUAGUUAGGACCUUGAUGAAUGCAUCUGGCCCUCCACCUCCCCCACCUCCCUCGUUACAUUCAUCUCUAGGUUCUAAUACUGUAUCUUCAGUGCCGCCCCCGCCACCCCCUCCUAGUCUUGCAGUAAAUGUUGCAACAACCGUUAACUUGACACAUGUCAGCCCCCCUCCUCCUCCUCCUCCACCAUUAGCAAAUUCUGGACCCACCUUAUGUCCAGGUGUUGCAACGUCAGCUCCGCCUGCUCCACCUCCUCCAGGUUUCUCAAUGGAAGGUUCUGCAACACAUGCUCCACCUGCACCCCCUCCUCCAGGUCUCAGCGGUAAUAAACUCUCAAAUGUCAAUGGUACUUCCUCACAGUCUCACGUUGGCGUUAAUAACAGCAACAUACCUUCUGUUCCUGGACCACCUUCCAGUGCUCUAUUCAAUGCAAAGGGACGUGGCCUUGGACGUAUGAACUCCAAAAACCAGUCUCAACCUAAAAGAUCCAAUCUAAAGCCUUAUCACUGGUUAAAAUUAACGAGGGCCAUGCAAGGAAGCUUAUGGGCAGAGACACAAAAGACCGAUGAAGCUUCCAAAGCUCCGGAGUUUGACAUGUCAGAACUUGAAAGUCUUUUCUCUGCAGCUGCACCAAAUUCAGACUCUGGAGGUUCGGGAAAUUCAAAUCGCCGAGCCUCAGGGCCAAAAUCAGAUAAAGUUCAUUUGAUUGAACUUCGCCGGGCCUAUAAUUGUGAAAUUAUGCUUUCUAAAGUUAAGAUUCCUUUGCCUGACAUGAUGUGUUCAGUCCUUGCAUUGGAUGACUCGGCAUUAGAUGUGGAUCAGGUUGACAACCUAAUCAAGUUUUGUCCAACAAAGGAAGAAAUGGAAUUACUAAAGGGGUACGGUGGGGAUAAGGACAACUUGGGAAAAUGUGAACAAUUCUUUUCUGAAUUAAUGAAAGUCCCACGAGUAGAGUCCAAGCUAAGGGUAUUUUCUUUCAAGAUACAAUUCCGAUUGCAGGCCUCUGACCUUAGAAAUAGUCUGAAUACUAUUAAUUCGGCAUCUGAAGAGAUCAGAAGUUCGGUAAAGUUGAAAAGGGUAAUGCAAACUAUCCUUUCACUGGGUAAUGCUUUGAACCAUGGAACGGCUAGAGGUUCCGCUAUUGGAUUUCGGCUUGAUAGUCUUCUCAAACUCACUGAUACACGAGCCAGAAACAAUAAGAUGACUCUCAUGCAUUAUCUAUGUAAGGUUCUUGCUGAAAAGCUGCCAGAACUUCUAGAUUUUCCGAAGGACCUUGUGAGUUUGGAAGCUUCUACGAAGAUACAACUGAAGUACUUGGCAGAAGAAAUGCAAGCCAUAAGCAAAGGGCUUGAGAAGGUUGUCCAGGAAUUGGCCAAUUCAGAGAAUGAUGGACCCAUUUCUGAAAUUUUCUGCCGGACUUUAAAAGGCUUCCUUUCUCAUGCCGAGGCAGAAGUGAGGUCUCUUGCCUCUCUUUAUUCUAAUGUGGGUAGAAAUGCCGAUGCACUGGCUCUUUAUUUCGGCGAAGAUCCUGCACGUUGCCCUUUUGAGCAAGUUGUUUCUACACUGUUCAAUUUUGUGAGGAUGUUUGCGCGAGCGCACGAAGAAAACUGUAAGCAGCUUGAAUAUGAAAAGAAAAAAGCACAGAAAGAAGCGGCAGAAAGGGAGAAGUUGAAGCUCGGUACUGCGAAAAAGGAGUCAGGAUUCUUAAUGCAGACUCAAAUCUAGCAUAGCAACGUCAAAGCUAUCUGAAGUGUUCUAACAAACAUUUCUGCAACAUUACUAAGUUAUCCUCCAUAAGCUGAUAUUACGUUAUGACCAAAGUAACCCAUAACCAAUUGAUCGUGCACAAUCGAAUAACGCCAGCGUCAAUGUCGCUCAUCUUGGAUAGAAGGACGUUUCAGAGGCACAGGAUGUAGAAUAAGUAGCCAGUGCUGGGAUAAAACUAAAAACCAGUAAGUCUUCUACCAAACUUUUGUAAUAUUUCAUAACAACAGAAGAAAGAAGAAAUUAAAUAAUUAAUAGCCUUAUAGGAGUGUGAAACUCAUCAGCCAUUGUUGCUGUCAUUUGUUUGUGUAAUGAGUUACUAGUAGAGUGGUAGAUAUUCUUUGGUGAAGCUUAAGGAAGUCAUGUGUUUGAGGCAGAAGCACUCAAAUGAUGGGACUUUCUUGGUUAGAUCAGAAUUUUGGUGUAAAAUAUAUCAUAUAUGUAAUUGUAGUUUUGUUCAUGUUCUAUAUAUAAUUACAUUCUUUCCCCACCAA